AUGGCUCAAGAUCCAACUAUACUUAGGAAGAGACGAGGUGUCGUUCGUGCGUCGAUAACUCGACUUUUCACUCGUCUGAAGGAUUUGGAGAGCAAGGCUGAUCAGCCCACUACUCUUGAUCUCGCACGACAGAUGUCGCAGAAGCUGGAGAGUCUAGACUCCGAUUUCAAGCUUCAUCACUAUGCACUCAUCGAUCUCAUCGACGACACUGAAAGUAUGCUCAAAGAGCAGGACAUUCUAGAUGGACAUGAUGACGAGAUGGCCACAUUGUCCACUCGUAUUAAACGGCUAAUUGCAGUCUGUGAUUCCUCCUCCGAAUUUGGUCCUCGUAAGAUAGCCUCUCGAAAGUUAGUUCGCCUUGAAAGAAAUUUAUUUACUAUAAACGAAAGAAUUGGUUCCUUGUCUGGAGGACCUGAUGAUGUUUGUCUUCUUCAUCAAUAUGAAGAGCAACUUCGUGAUCUCAAGGUUGAAUUGAAAGAUAUCUGUAGUGUUCUUCUGUCCCUUGGUGUAGAGGAAUCCGAUCAGCUCUAUACCUCACAAACACAACUUGAUAAAGAGCUGUUUGACUGCUCUCUUAAAAUCAAGAGGUUGCUAUUUCCGUCUGGUCAAACUCUUGACUCAACUCCACCCUCACUCGAUAGCAAGGGAGUUAAGCUGCCCAAAUUGGACGUACCUAAGUUUGAUGGGAACAUCAUAAACUGGAGGACCUUUUGGGAGCAAUUCUCUAUUUCAAUUCAUAGCCGAUCUGGUUUGUCUGAUGCAGAGAAACUGGUGUAUCUCCGACAUUCGCUUAAGGAUGGUACAGUAAAGGGUGUCAUUGAAGGUCUGUCUCGAUCUGGUGAUUGCUAUUCUGAAGCCAUUGAAAGCCUGAAGGCACGUUAUGAUCGCCCACGGCUUAUUCACCAGACACACGUUCGUAUGAUCCUUGAGGCCACUUCUCUCAGAGAUGGAACUGGAAAAGAACUCCGCCGACUCCAUGAUGUCGUUCAACAACAUCUCCGAGCUCUCAAGGCAAUGGAGUAUGAGCCAUCUGGUUCCUUUAUCACAUCUGUGCUUGAGCUCAAACUAGAUACUAAUACCAUGUUUGAGUGGCAAAAGUACAGUCAAGACUCAAUCGAUGUGCCUCACUACCAGAGACUCCUUGAGUUCAUUAACCUACGUGCCCAAGCAUCUGAAGCUUCAGUCUCAGACCAUAAGAGAGCCUCUCGAGUUGAAGAUCACUCAGUGAAGAAGGGUUCUAAUGCUGGAAAGUCAAUAACCUCGUUUACAGCCAGUACUGUGAAUUCUACAGGCCACAACUGUGUCAUUUGUAAGUCUCACAAACACCCUCUAUAUGCAUGUCUGCAAUUCAAGUCACUACCUCACGAUGAGAUGGUCUCUACAUUGAAGUCACACCACCUUUGCAUGAAUUGUCUCCGACCAGGGCAUUUUGUGAAGGAGUGCACGUCUGUGCAUCGAUGCAGGAAAUGUCAGAAGCCACAUCAUACCUUGUUACACUUGGAACACAAGGAUAUUGCAUCAACUUCCACUGGUACCACUAGUACUUCUCAAUCUGUUGUGUCGAAUACUGCCACUGGACUUUCUUCCAAAUCUUUGCUCAUGACCUGUCGUGUUUUGGUUGAUGCUCCUGAUGGUUCCUCCGUGGAAGCUAGAGCCAUUCUUGACUCUGCCUCGUCAGCCUCCUUUGUAUUGGAGCGUUUGUCUCAAAGUCUGCGUCUUCCACGCUCCCGACAAGGUGUGCAAAUCUCAGGCAUUGCUGGUCUCUCUCACAACUCUCCUCACCAAGCCGUCACUAGUCUCACUAUAUCCUCUGUUCGGUCUCCUUCAAAGAAAUUCAAGGUGACAGCUGUUGUUGUACCUCGUGUGACGUGUGACCUGCCACUUCACCCCAUUUCUUUUGAUUUGAAGUGGAGACAUUUGCAGGGCAUUCCCCUAGCAGACCCAGACUUUGGUCUCCCCAGAAGAAUAGACAUACUUUUGGGAGUUGACAUCUUUGUUGAAAUUCUACGUCAGGGCCGGCGGACCGGUGCUCCUGGCUCUCCGUCUGCCUUUGAGACAGAAUUUGGUUGGGUUCUCGCUGGAAAGCUCGAUGUCAAUGCCUCAAAUCACUCCAUUGUCUCUCAUUAUGUCUCCGUUGUCACUGGAGAUGAUCUGUUGCGAAAGUUCUGGGAGAUUGAGGAAUGUCCAAAUGAUCAAUCCUAUCUCACUCCAGAAGAGCGAUUAGUUGUGCAACACUUCAAAGACAAUCACUCACGAUCAGAAGAUGGUCGUUUCAUUGUUCCUCUGCCCAAGAAACCACAUGCUAAGUCAUUGGGUGAAUCCAGAUCUCAGGCUGUGAGAAGAUUCCUCUCAUUGGAGCGAUCUCUACAUGCCAAGGAGCAGUUUGAUGAGUUUGAUUCUGUGAUGAAUGAGUAUUUUGAGAAGGGCCACGCUGAACUAGUUCCCUUGGAUGAUCUGGAGAAGUCUUCACAAGACGUUUUCUAUCUUCCCAUGCAUGCAGUCAAAAAGGAGUCGAGCACAACUACAAAGAUCAGAGUUGUGUUUGACGCAUCAGCCAAGUCUUCUACUGGAGUCUCCCUAAACGAUAUAUUGUUGGUUGGACCUACCAUUCACCCACCUCUCCUUGAUGUACUACUUUCGUUUUCGUUUACACCGUGUGGCUCUUGUUGCUGA